GGUGAGCGAGAAAUCACAUGCUACCGAUCGGCGACCGGUAAGUUGCUGUCUAUAACACACAACAAGCAACAUUACCGGCAUUUAGUCAUCUCGGGAAAGUGAUUGCAUUCGAACGCGUUUGAACGUGGGAGACACUUCUCCUCGCACAACUAGAUAGGGAAUUUCACAAUAAUAAUUUUAGAUAGGAAAAAAUGCGUGAUUUGAGCUGUGAUAUUCGGUUUCCUUACAAUUGGAACCGUGAAUUUUACUGCGGGGAACGGUUGCAACUUUCGGUUGAACUACGGUGUGCCAAAGUGGUUGUGCUGAAAGGAGUGGAGUUGAGCGUUAGCUGUCGGAAUGAUACGAACGAACCAGCUGAUGAGUAUGGCCGGUAUAUUAAGGAUCCCGAGGAGGUGGAAGACGACUGCAAGGAAACUGUUAAGACUGUUUCCGAUUUUAAAGCUGACAUAGAUCUCCUAGGAAAUUACGAUCGACCAAUCAGACUGCAACAAGGAACGCAUAUAUUCAACUUGAACUGCUGGCUACCGGAGAGGAUAAGCGAUCAGAGCUGUGAUACCGAGGAAGAGUAUCUUAGUUUAACUGUAAGUGUAAGAGUUAGGAAAACUGCCAAAAAUGAAGAACAUUCCCCUAAGGAGAUGAGUCACUCAGACGGAUGGAGACAAACUAGCUUUACAUGGCCAGGAACCUAUGGUCACAUCCGGAAUUAUUCACAAGUACAGGUGGAUAUUUGUUCGUACCACGUAUCAAACACAGAGGAUGCAAAUAAUCGUUACGAUUACGAAGAAAGUGAGGACAGUUUUCUUGAAAACUGGUUAGGGUGUAUUCCUAUGCAGGGGGAGCUUCUGGAGGAGGAAGAAGAGUGUUCAGCUAUAGAUGACUAGUCA